GCAAAGCAGGUAGAGGUGUUUCUACUGGGCGGGACUUCCUGUCAUUUUCAGCAUUGCGGCCUCUGCUGAAGGGCACUUGUCCGGUUCAAUUUACGCAGGGGUCGAGUAGCAAAGGACCAUUAAUUUCUUCACCAUGGGAGGACACGACGCCGGAUCGCAGCAUCAGUUCACUGGAAUUGCCAAAUACUUCAAUUCUUACACAAUCAUAGGAAGGAGGAAUUGCGUGUUGGCCACGUACGCCAGCAUCGCAGCCAUCGUCCUUUUCUUCAAACUGAAACCCAAGAAACAGGCGGCCGUCACAGAAAAAUAGCCAUGUUCAAACAUCUGGGAGUGGAGAGCAGCUGGACGUGCUUGUGUGAAAAUAUGAUUUCUCUGUGUUGAAUAAAUAAAGAAGCAUUCUAUCCAGA